GAUUACAUUUUUAAUACUAAUUGAUAUAGUUUUCAUUAUACUCCAUUCAUUCCUUAAUUUUAAUGUCAACAUAUUUUCACUCAUCUCUUAGAUUCUAAGACCUAGAACAUUCUAUAAUUUUACUUUCUUUUCGUACAAAUUUUAUAAAAUAUCUUAACUACUGAAAAUAAACCAAACAAUUAUUGAUAUGACCACGAAGAAAUUAGUUAUGUUAUCCUUUCUCCAAGGAGCCAAUUUUAGACAUUGUAAAAGGGAUAAUUAUUGAUAUGGGUUUGUUACUUUUAAACAACGUAUAUCGAUACAAAUUGAGAAACACGAGAUGGUGUUCAAUUAUCGUUCUUAACUUGUAAAGUUUGUUUUAAAUAAUAUGUAUAGAACAAAUAUUUGUUACACCUUCAUUAUUACGUCUGCAGUAUAAUAGACGUCCAAGCAGAGCAAAGAAGGUCAUCAUUGUUGAAUAACAGUAUUGCGCAAAAUCUACUUGAUUCUGAAUUCGAUAAAAUUGUCGUUAUAAUGGUCAUUCGUUUCCGGCAAAAUGCAUAUAAAGACACGAAUAUUUUCUCAUAUCGGCUAGUAUUUGUUGAGAAAAGAUGAAAAUCCUUAUCGUCCUUUUAGUGCUUGCUGCUUGCAAGGUGUCAACGCCGAUACGAAUUUAUAACGGAGAAAAUAGUAAAUUGCAGACACAUCUUCGGGAUGGUCAAUUUUUCCACACAAUUGGAGAUUGGCUUGGUAAUUUAAAAAAUCGGAUUCAUGAAACAUUAUUUGGAGAAACUACGACAGCACCCUCUCUUUUGUCAACAGAAAUAUUAAGUUUGGAUCACUUUCAAAUACAGCAAAGAUUAAACACUCGGGAAUGGUUUCUGUUAGACUUAAAGAAUUUAACUUUCGAUCCUAAUCGUGAUUUUGGAUUCCGCAUUGGCAACUGGUACAUUAUUCGAAAACAAUAUAAAGAUGAUAAUAGAUUUGACAACAGUUUUGAUGAAUUGGAUUUCCCAUCAAGUGAAAGUACCGUUUCAUCAAUGGAUUCAACUGAACUAAAUAUUGAGGAAACCUUUGAAACUGUGAUUGAUCUUAUGACUACAGAAAUUUUACCAACAUCAACGGAAAAUGAGACGCCAUCAGUGACUGAAGAAACCAGUACAGUCAUAACAACACAGAAUACUAUACCGACCUCUUCAGUUGAAAGUUCCUCAUUAGGAACAGACAAUUCGGUGGAGGAUGAUAAAACUACUAAGGAGUUUACUCCUAAAGGAUCUGCAGAAGUUUUAAUGGGAUAAUGUGGGACAUUCUAAUGGAAAGUAAAAUUAUGCGACUUUUAUUGAAUUUUGUACCUAAAACAUAUUCAUUUUUUGUAUCAAAAUAAACAUUUUCACAACCAGAA